CGCUGUUUUGCCGUGCCACUGCGGGCUGCUGCGUGUUGCUGCGCUGACCUGGCGCGUGGUCGCACACCCGAGCAAGCAGCAUCCUCACCGUCUCCUGUCUGCCUGCCGUCCAUCUGUCAGUCUCCGUCGCCGCCGCCGCCGCCUCCCAGGCACAGCACACUAGCAGCACGAGAGCCGGGUUGGCGCGAGAGCCUUUCGUCCUAUCAUCACCUGGGGCGCUUUUGACUUCCAAUUUGACUUUGCUGGGCGCAUCUGAGUCGGGACUAAACUCACAACUCCAUCAGACACUAAGCCCGGGUGGCACUGUCCUCGGGAAGGACGACCGUUAGGUUCAUGCUCACUCUGCCAUCGCAGCACCCUUGCGCGCAGAAUAAUCACCUUGGCUCGGCCAUGUCGCUCUGAGCCUCUCUGCGCACGCUCAUCCCCGUGCCCGCGAGCCAACCGACGCAUGGCUCGAGACCUUGCGUGUUAUGGAUCCAUACAGGAGAGGACCGACGCCUUACGGCCAACACCCUCCUCCUAGUCACGACUCUCGCCCACCGCCGCACUACGCGCAGCCUGGCCCUCCCUCGCAGCAGCACCACCCUCAUCCUGCCCAGCAGCAGCAGCAUCAACCGCCGCCGCCUCCACCGCCGCAACAACAGCAACAACAGCCAUAUCCUCCACCGCCUGCGCAACCUGGAGCCCCUCCGCCGCAGUCCUAUCCUCCGCAGCAGCAGCAGCAACAGCACCCGCAGCAGCUCCCUCCCAUUCAGCCCACGGCCUACGCGCCUCCACCCCCAAGCUCCGAGCAGUCGUCGAGUCUCCCGCCCUUUCGUCACAGCUCUUCGCAGCCCCCACACGAGCAGCAACGCGAAGGACAAGUGCAGUAUCAGCCAGACCACACCUACAAUCGUUCCGGCCAUGCCACUCCGGCGCCGACCAACGUGAACAGAUCAUACUCGCACGAUUCGGGCCAGCAGCGCACGCCUGCUACGCCCACAGGCCCCGCGCAUUUCCCUCACCCAUCGGGGCACGACGGUGCGCAACCGCCACCGCCAGCACCACAACCCAUGGAUCAUGGAGCGCAUCAUGGGUAUCCGCCCACGAAUGGCGUGCCCCAUCAUGGCUUGCCUGCUCCACCACCGUCCCACGGACAUCAUGAACAGCACCCUCAAUACGCGAUGACCCCAAUGGUGGACCAGCACCACUCAUACCCACCACCUGGUCAGCCCAUGUACAAUGGGCCACCUAGCUAUGGGCCUACAGCAAACAUGAAUUAUGGUCCCAAGCGCAAACAGAUGCGUGCCACUCAGGCAUGUGAGCAAUGCCGGCAGCGGAAACAAAAGUGCGACGAAGGCAAUCCGUGCUCUUUUUGCAAGGAGAACAAUCUUUCAUGUCAAUAUCGCGAUACCCCGCCCGCAAAGACGGAUAAGAACAUGGAGAAGCUUCUUAGCUACAUGGAAACACAUUCACAAGGACUCGCCGAAUUGACGACGAAAAUCGAUCAAUUCGAGGCGAGGCUGCGUCGCGUGGAACAGAACACGCAAAACAAUUCGCAGUCCAACCAUGUCGGUCAUACGAUCGCUGGUGCAGAACAAGAACCGCUUCCGGACGACGAAAACGCACCGCGAUCGCGCAAACCUGACCUCGAGGACCACCGCACAGCUCCGCAUAAGUUGCUGCUGUUGUGGCCGAGCGUUCGUCCGCUUCUCAAGACAGCUGGCGUUGAGCACAACGACGGAUAUGUCAUGGAAGCUGAGGAUCGUGGAGUCCUGCGACUGUGGACUCGAGGUGAAGGCAUUGACGAAUAUGACGGCACUCAAGCUGGCGGUCCUGCGAGCCCAGCCCGAAGCGACGAGAGCGGCGACCUUGUCCUAGUUUCUACUCCAUCGGAAGGUGUCUGGGGUACAGGUUUCCCUACGACGCCUGGAAGCACUGGUGGGCGUUCGGAACCCUACGGUGCCGGUGGUCUGAAAGCCAACGGUCACGUCGAUCUGGAUGCAGCAACAAUCAACCAGCUCUAUGAUAGCUACAUGAAGAACAUCCACAUCAUGCAUCCUUUCCUGGACAAGCGACGACUUCGCAAGAUGUUUGAUGCAUUUAUCAAGAAGUACAGCAGCGGACGGCCGCGAGCGACCUUUGCCGUUGGAAACGACAACUAUCCCCACGAGCGUCCGCUCAAACGACAACGAUCAAACGGGUCUGGUCCAAACAACGUUGGUGUCACUACAGGUGCCGACUCGGACGUGGCACGAGAUGUUGCGACCGAGAGAUCGCCCGGAAAUGCCAUCAUCUACCUCGUUCUGGCGCUAGGCAAAAUAUGCCUGCACAAGGAGCCUUUGCCAUCUCCAGUUCCUAACAGUAAGCUGCAGGCAAACACGGUCGUCUCCCACCAAAUCUCUGGGUCGCGAGGAUUCUCUGCCAGCUCACCAGUGUCGGCGAACAUCAAACCUUCCCCCAUGUCUCCGAAGUCAACCCCCACGACUCAACCAACGCCACCAUCUGAGGCCAACAUGCGCGUGCAAGACUCUCGCAGCAGACGCUCCUCCGUAGACGGAUCUCCGAGCGCCCCCGGCCCUCGCAAUCUGGAUGUCAUUCCAGGUCUCGCCUACUAUGCCCGAGCAGCCGAAAUACUGGGCGAUCAAGGCGAUGGCAACGACCUGGUACACGCUCAAAUGUUUCUUCUCGCUGGUCUGUACAAAGGACAGCUUGCGCGAGUCAAAGAGAGCAUGAGCUGGAUCACAAUGGCAGGCCGCGCAAUUCUGAUCCUUCUGGACCGGUACAAGCUAUACAAUGACAACUACUGGGAGGAUUAUGGUGGUGUUCGAUCUCAGUACAUUCGGUCGCAAGCGCGCAUUAAGGAUACGCGACAAAGUCUGAUUGUGCUUGCGUCUUGGACGUGCCUGCAGCUCGAGAGUGAUAUUCUUGCUGAGCUACGACUGCCCGCCAGUGGAAUCCAAGCGAUUGAGCACCUGCUCUUAAUGCCGCACAAAGUCAAUGACGACGAGACAUAUGUUGGGCUUGAUCCUGACGGACGCAUGGAGGAUCACGACAACAUGCUGAUCUACUACUCAGCCCAACUCUUCUUGCGACGCAGGUUGAACCAAGUGCACCGAGAGAUGUACGGCAAAGCUUCGCUCGAUCAACCACUCGCGGAGGUGCAGGAGAUGCUGAAGAGCCACGAAUCGAUCCUGGAGCAUUGGAGGGAAGGCCUCCCGGAUCCUUUGAAAUGGAACGACGACGAUCCUCCGCCAUCAGACAUUCUGUCUGCGCGUCUACGCGCAAAAUAUUGGGGAGCACGAUAUGUCAUCAACAGGCCGUUCCUGGACUAUUGUUUGCAUGUGAUGCCACUGUUGAAGGAUCACCUCUCGAUUGAGGAGGCCGCGAAGGAUGGCUAUGGCAACCCUCGUGACAAGGCUGACAUUCACCUGUUCCGGGCGAUCCAGCAGCUGGGAGAUCGCGAAAUCUGGAUAGCAGCGAAGCGUUGCAUUGAUGCUGCCAUGCAAAGCACAAUCGCGUUCGAUGGCAUUACCAAGCACACUCGCCUGAUUGUAACGAACAUUCACGGCACAGCACAUGCACAAUUCGGAAACAUGUUGGUGCUCUCUGCAGCAUUCAACAGCAAAUACAUUGAUCCACUCGUGCCUCGCGAUAGAUUCAAGUCACUCUUGGAGCGUACCAUCAGGUUUCUACGCCAUCUGGCGCCAAUCUCGCCCACCUGCGCCGCCGAUUGUGGGAUCCUUGAGAAGUUCAACAGGACUUUGUUCCCUCUUGAAGAAGAUAUGAAGCCUCACUAUCGAAACGAGGGGAUCGAGUAUAAUAUGUUGGACCCGACAAGCGCCGAGAACUCCUUCCAGGACAGUCUCAUCAAUACAACCAGAUGAGACUAGGCUGAUUGCGAUACUACACAUCCGCUUGUAGCCCGUAGUCGUCCAGGCGCUCCGAUGGCUUGUAACGUACAGGACAGCGACUCCGAGCCGAUAAUCGCAUCUUUGAACCGCGUGGCGGCAUAUCAGCCAUUGGCGGUCUAAUCCACUCACACGAUGAUCUGGCGUCACAUUUGUCCAGCACCAUCACUGCCGACUCAUCGCGACGCAUUGCAGCAGCAAUUAUUCCACCGAUCGAUCUCUGUCAACACAUACAUGCAUUCUGGGAGGCUAGCGUUGUUGUUCGACUUUUUUUUUGCAGCAUUGGUUCUUGCGUAUACCAGGCUCAUCGCCAAUGUCCGGGGAGAGGCAGUCUUUGUCUUUUAGGCUAUCUAUCACAGGGGUGGUUGAAUUGUUGCAAACGCGACUUAGAAGUAAGCAGCAGCCCGUUUAUUGUACAGUUACGAGAAGAAGAAGACGUGUACAGUAUUCCCAAGCCUCUGUUCCUGUUCCGCAUAGGCGAAUAUAACAAACAAUGCUCACGUCAAUGUUCGUCUCAUGCUCCUGCUUCCUUCUUUUCUACAGGCA